CUCGCAGCCGUCACUCCCCGUGUCCCCUCCCGUGUCCCCUCCCCGUGUCUCGGUCAGGAGCGUUUCCCUCUAGCGCUCGGACCUUGUAUUUUCCCCGCGCCCCGUCAUGGCGGCACAGACGCGCGCUCUGGUGUCGGCUCAGUGGCUUGCAGAUGCUGUCAGAAACAACCUGGUCGGACCCAAACUUCGCAUCCUCGACACCUCGUGGUAUCUCCCGAAAACGAAGCGGGACCCGAGAGCGGAGUUCUCCCAGAAGCACAUCCCGGGCUCCUCGUUCUUUGACAUAGAUGACUGCUGCGACAAGAGCUCCGCGCUGGAUCACAUGUUGCCGAAUUCCAGCCACUUCUCGCGGUACGUGGGAGAGCUGGGCAUCGGGAACGACACGCAUGUGGUUGUCUAUGACACCAGCGACUUCGGGUCGUUCGGCGCGCCCCGGGUCUGGUGGAUGUUCCGGCUGUUCGGACACAGUCUGGUGUCGGUGCUGGACGGCGGCAUGAAGAACUGGCUGACUGACGGCCGUCAGGUGACGUCUGACUACUCCAAGCCGGAGUGUAGAGAGUUCAAGGCGACUUUGAAUCAGUCGUGGGUCAAGAGCUAUGAAGAUGUGUUGGAGAACAUCAGGACCAAGGAGGUCCAGGUUGUGGAUGCCAGGUCUGCAGGCAGGUUCAGGGGUACUGAGCCGGAGCCCAGAGACGACACACUGCCGGGACAUUUCCAUGGUUCGAUCAACAUGCCGUUCACUUCGUUCCUGGACGCCUCUGGCAAGGAGCUGGAAACCGAGGGCCUGUCCAAACUGUUCCGAGAGGCGGGGGUGGACCUGGAGCAACCACUCUGGGCUUCCUGUGGUUCCGGUGUCACAGCGUGUCAUGUGGCUCUGGCAGCUCACCUGCUCGGGCACCCUGGGGUGUGUGUUUAUGACGGCUCCUGGUCUGAAUGGUUUAAAAGGGCAUCACCGGAGCAUAUCAUCUCAGAGGGAGAGGGAAAAAAAGUGUGAAGAAAAGAGGAAAGGCAGUGAAUUACUACCAGCUAGGUUGUGGUGUUACUGUUACAAGGGAAAGCAGUGUUUUUGCUGCUAACAAGAAUAAUAGAUCAACACUAUAAAACUAGUCUCACAGUGUUCUUUCUACUAAUACUGAGGAGAUAGUUUAGACUUUAUAAGGCUGCACGCACAGUGAGCUCGUUAUGAAACUUAAUUAUCAACUUAACGGGUCCAAGUUUCAGCAGCUGGUAGAAACCUGUAAUGAAAAUCUCCUCUACUUAUGCAAAUUAUCUGACUUUCCUCAAUAGGACAAUAGUUGUAUAUUGUAGAAAAGUUUACAAUAUUGUGAAAUGACAUGAUGGUAAAGGUUUUCACUAUUAUAUAUCAUAAUGCUAACGAUGGUAGAGAUAAAUACAUCUGCUCCAAGAGGGUAUUAAGAUAAUGGAUGUUGGGUUCUUGGAAGACGAGCACUUUGUGAUUUCUUGAUGAUGUAUUGAUGAAUUAUUUUGAAACAAAUUUUGAAAUAAAUCGUGAUGUCGUUGUUUUGUUAUGCUA